UGUGGACUUCCGAUUCCAGGUCUGACCGGUGACGAUGCCUUCUGUCCAUUCCGCCCGCCCAGCAAUCCUGAAUCAAUAAUUCAUCAUCACCAUCCACACUACUCCUCCUCCAGUCCUCCUUCCUGUUUCUGGGUUUUAAACAAUUGAUUAUUCAAAACAGUGUUGUGUUGCCUGGCCUUCAACUACUUCUACUGCCUCCUCCUCCAUUUGCGACGUCGGUCCACCCUGCGACUCUCGCAAUAAGAGUUUUUCUAAAAAAAAAACGAAAAAACUGAAAAUCAAUUCCCUACCGACCAACAAGUCUUUGCGAAUUCUAAUUCCAUUUUCUUUCCAAUUUCUUUAUCUGUCUUUUUUCCAAUCUCCCCAGGAUCCCUCUUCUCCCAUUGCUUAAUUGCAGGAAUUGGGGUUUCUUCUGAAAUGAUCUUUACAAGUGCUAUCUUUGGGUAUGAAUUUUAUGAUCUAAUUUGCAUUCAACAGUUUCCGCAAUGCAAUUAGUGUCAAAUGACAGUCGGGCAGAGGAUAUUUUGGAAACAGAGCCGAUUUUAUCUCAGUCCGCUACUGCCGAGAGAUCUGAGGAGUCUUCAUCUUCAAUUGAAAUCACUGUCAGCGGAGAAUUUUCUCUAACAGUCGAUGAUUCACCAAGUGGUGAUGCAGAUGAAAACUGUUGUUUAGUACAUGCAGACCAACCACUUUGCCGUAUAUGUCUUGAUACUGGAGGAGAAGAUCUGAUUGCGCCAUGUCAUUGUAAAGGCACACAGAAGUAUGUCCACAGAUCAUGUCUUGAUAACUGGAGAUCAACAAAGGAGGGCUUUGCCUUUUCACACUGUACAGAAUGCAGGGCAGUGUUCAUAUUGCGUGCAAAUGUUCCACCUGACCGCUGGUGGUUGAGGUUGAAAUUCCAGUUCCUUGUUGCUAGGGACCAUGCCUUCAUUUUUGUUAUUGUUCAGCUGAUUGUAGCAUUUUUGGGUGUGCUGGUCUACAAAUUUUAUGGAGAGGAACUGAGGGAAAUGUUUGGUUAUGAAGAACAUCCUUACGGUUUUUAUACCAUGGCAGUUUUGGCAGUUGUGUUGGUGGGUCUGCUUUAUGGUUUCUUCAUAGCUAUAAUUUGUGGGCAGAGGAUCAAUGAACGCCACUACCAUGUACUUGCCAAACAAGAAUUGACAAAGGAGUACAUAGUUGAAGACCGAGAAUCCAGUAAAGAUGUCCCAGAUCUUGAUCCCAGCCACAUUACCGAGCUAAGAAUGUUGGGCCUCUAUUAAGGUUCCCCAUUAUUAUGGAUUCAGAACUUCAUAAGCCAGAGGGUUUUGUGGUGGCAGUGGCACAUCUGGUCUCUCAGAUGCACAAAUUACACGUACCAAUCCAACCUCAUGUUGAAUCGUAAUAUGUAAAUUUUUCCUGUCCCCAGGUCCCGUGCUUUUUUUUUUCCUAGAAGAAAUCUCAUUUAAUCACAAACAUUGUUUCACUGUUGGAAUUACAAAUUGAUCAUCUUCUUUUAUUUCCUUGUUUUGUUGUUAAUACAACUGGUAAUCACACAAAAGCAAUGAGAACAUUGUGGAAGGCUUGUAAAGCCCAGUAUUUGGGAUAAUCAGUUUGUUCUUACGUUAAGUUUACAGUGCAUGUCUCAGGGUAUUUUGAAA